UACUCCAAGAUGGCUGCGCCCAUAGGGAAUUUUCAAUCUUUAGUAGAUACAAUUGUACAAAAAGAGACUAGUAAGGAGGACCUCAGUUUUAUUGCAAGUUCUUCGGACGAAUCUGAGAUUUUCGAUUAUCUCACCAAAAUCUCUGCAAGCUCAAGAGACUGGGUCCAGGCCUUUUUUAACAGUUGCUUAGAUAAAGAGGGAAAGUCUUCAGAAAAAGCACAGGAGCUAAGAAAUGUUGGAAAUCAGAUGUUUCAAAGAAAACAGUACAAACAAGCACUUGCAACUUACACUAAGGCAAUAUUUUCUGCACCAGCAACAUCAGGUGACCUCGCUCUUGCCUAUGGUAACAGGUCUGCAGCUCUCUUCAGGCUCAGUGACUUUCAGGCCUGCCUGUCAGAUAUUGAAGCAGCAAUACAGACACAGCUUCCAAAUUCUUCAAUAUAUAAACUGUACAUGAGGAAAGCCCAGUGUCUCCAGAAACUCAACAGAUGGCAGGAACUUGAAAGAUUGACAGAGGAAAUAGAAAAUGUUGAAAUUGAUUGUUCCAAGAAAGCUGAAAUAAAAACAGAAAUUGAUAAACUGGGAAACAAAAGGUUAAGUGAUGCCGCUGAUACUGUCAGGGACGUGCAUGUUCCAGGCGUGUCCUACAGCAGUAACCCGGUCCUCGUACAAGCCAGCAGUGCUGUUCACAUGGAAUUCACAUCUGAGAAGGGCAGAUACCUCACUGCGACAUGUGACAUUGAACCAGGUGACACACUAAUUGUCGAGCGUCCCUACACCAGUAUGCUACUUCCAGAGCACUACCCCACCCACUGUCACCACUGCUAUGUGAAACUGACACACCCUUACCCGUGUAUCCGGUGCAGCGAUGUUCGCUACUGCAGUCCUGUGUGUGCCAGAGACAGUUGGAGACAGUAUCAUCAAGUCGAAUGUCCAUAUCUGAAACUGCUACACUCGGUUGGUAUUGCACAGCUGAGUCUCAGAAUUGUGAUUGUUUCUGGCCUGCAGUUUCUUCUAGACUUCAGGAGAGAGCAGUGUAACAGAUUAUACCAAGCCAGUACGGCUGGUUUAGAUGAUUCCGGGCGCUACACCCGUAGUUACCAGACUGUGUAUGACCUACUGACACACCUCACAGACAUGACGCCAUCUGAUGUUGUCCAGUAUGCACUGACAGCACAGCUCUUAUUGAAAGUUUUACAACACUCUGGAUGGUUUAUCAACCAAAAAACUGAGCCCUGUAAAAAUUUCACAUCAGAGAUUGAAAGUACCAGUGAAACUUCUACAGGCCAUAUUGACUUGUCGACAAAGAGAGUCAUUGAUAGUUGUACCAGGACUGAUACUACAAAUAGAACAGAGGAUACUUGUGAUGCGAGCACACUUAACAGUGGUAGCAGCGAUGAAAACAAAUUGGCUGAAAAGAAUGACACGAGUAUAGCUGGAGUCAUAACUGAUAAGCCCGAGGAUGAAAGGGAUGUUGAGUUGUACAUUGGCAAACUACUUCUCCGACAUAUUUUGCAGCUUGUCUGUAAUGCCCAUGCCAUUACUGAGAUACAGGUCAGUGACACAGGAACUGUGGGGACUGUAGAAGAGAGUAGUCAGGUGCGUGUUGCCACGGCGAUAUACCCAACCGCCAGUCUCAUGAAUCACUCAUGUGACCCAACUAUAAUCUCCAGCUUCCACAAAGACACUCUGGUGGUCAGAUCAGUGAAACAUGUACCCAAAGGUGGAGAAAUAUUCAACUGCUAUGGUCCCCAUGUAAAGAGGAUGAGUUACAGCGAGCGACAGAGAUGUUUGAAGGAGCAGUAUUUCUUCACAUGUAACUGUCUACCUUGUCUACAGGAGGGGAAGACAGAGGAAGUACUUGAAACAUACCUUUGUAGUAAAUGUGAGGGUCCAUCUUUGAGUGACCCUGGGUCUUUGGCCACUGUCCAGUGUGCUUGUUGUGGGACAAGUGGACAUUUGGACACAGCUGCACUGGAACAAGCUGACCAGUAUUUCCAGCUUGGAGUUGAAAGCUUGCAGCAAAACAAACUUAAGGAAGCAGUACACAUCCUAAAGAAAUGUUUAUCCAUCAGACAGACCAUUCUCCAUGCCCAUAACAGACAACUAAGUGAGACACAAGACUGCCUGGCGAGAUGUUAUGCCACCUUGGGUGAUUUCAAAAUGGCAGCAGAUCAUCUCGAAGCUAGCAUCAAAUCAGUGGAAGCUGUGUACGGUUCAGACAGCAUAGAGCUAGGAAAUGAACUACAGAAACUCUCAGAGAUUCUCAUUAGUGCACAGUCAUGGAAGCAAGCAUACUCAGCCAAUCAGAGGGCUGUUAACAUAUUUCAGUUGAACUAUGGAGAGUCACAUGACAGUGUCAAAGAAUUGUUGUCAGCUCAAAAAGAACUUUGUGAAGUUAUUAAAGCCUUAAAUUUAUAGGAGAUAUGUUUAUUUAAUUUUGGAAUGUCAGCUUGAUGUUUUGCAUAAUGGUUUUACACAAAAACAAUACUGAAGUAUUUAAAGCUUUUAAUGAAAUGAUGGAACUUCAAUAAAUCCAAAUAAGGAUUAAAAUAUGUAUUUUUUCAUUUAUUCCCUCUCUCAAAUCAUCAAUGUAUAACUAGUAUUGACUAAAGUUGAAUUUGAAAAUAAAAACUGUAAUCUUCAGUAACAGAAGUAUAAUGCUGUAAUGGUUGUUAUGCAUCAUUCAGAUAGCUGUAUCUCUACCAUUCAUAAUCAAUGACUGUGAUCAACAUUUAAACUCAUUUGAACUGGUAUGUUACAUCUGAAUAUUGUAUCUACAAAUGUAUAAUUAAUUAUGUGUUCUUCUUAAUGUGCAUUUGCAUACAAAAACAUUGACAAUUAUAAAUGUUGAAGGUGGUGCGGCAGCUAUUUAAUUUUUUGCAAGGAUAAAUAAGGACCAUAAUCCAUAAUCAGAAUGGUUAUUUCAAUCAACUGUCAAAAUAUACUUUUAUUGAGAGCCAUAAUUGAUAAAAUAUUUGAAUUCAGCAAAAAUCCUAAUCUUACCAUGUAAACUCAAAGAAACAUUCUUGAAUGGUAUGCUUAUACUUCUAGCAAUACAAUCACUUUUGGACAAUACUGGAUCAUCAUUUUUCAGUCCUUCUUCUAUCACUCUCUAAUGUCGGUCAGGAGUUACAACUUCCUUAUUAAUUAAACCAUCAUAGUAGGAGUUACUGCCCUUUACUUACACAAAACUUCCUUAUUAAUUAAAAAAAUGCUAGCAGGAGUUACUCCCCUUUAUUUAUCAAAAACUUCCUUGUUAAUAAAACAAUGCUAUCAGGAGUUACUACCCUUAUAUUAUAAAAAAACUUCCUUCAUAAUUAAACCAUUUUUUUAACAUCAACACUCUAUGAAGCCAUCAUAUCAUGAUGAUGAUCAAUUCAAAUAAUUUUAAGACAGAUUAUACUAGUAUGACAAUUGGAUGUCGGCCAAUUUCAAUAAUGGGUCAAUUCAACCCAGUAAUCUGGAGUUGUACGUCC